ACAUAUUUAGCACAUUAUAAUACUACUAAAUAUGAGGUCGAGUGCAAAGAGAAACUAUGCAUUCCUUCUCAUAUUUACUUUCUUACUCACACAUGCCUCAGCAAGCAUUUAUAUUACACCAUUCGAAUACUUAACAAAACAAUAUCCAAAGAUUUAUGAAGGAAUAAAAGCACACAGUUUGGCUUCAAAAAUCUGGAAAACAGUUAAGUCGAUAUUCAGCAACGAUCAAAAGGCCGGAGAUACAAUCAAAGGUUUAUCAUACGUGAAAGAAAAUUUACAAAUCCUCGGCUACUUUAACAACACCUUGAUCAAUAUCGAUGAUACGGUCACAAGCUAUUUCCAAACCGUUUUGAAGGAUUAUCAGAAAAAUUUCAAUCUUAAAAUUACGGGACAAUUUGAUGAUAAAACAUAUAAAAAACUAUCAUCGUCUCGUUGUUUUGUUCCAGACAUCAUCAAUGGCACAAACACCAUGCAAGAUACGACAACGUCGUUUAAACCAUGGUGGAGUGCAGAUAAGAAAGAAUUAACAUAUGCUUUUAAUCCUGAAAACAACGUAACAAACGCGGUCAAGUCAUUGGUAAAAAGCGUCUUCGAAAACUGGUCAAUAACGACACUGAAAUUCAAAGAAGCAAAGACGUAUAAUGAUUCAGAUAUCAAUAUAGUGUUUGUUACGAUUGAUGGAAAAGGUGGAUUUGUGGGAGGUGCAGAUAGUAAUUAUAGUUCACAUAUUGGAACUAUAUAUUUGGAUUCCGACGAACAAUGGAUAUUGUCAAGUGACAAUUUUAAUGAUGGUGACGAAGAUUUGGAAUCGGUUGUGAUGCAUCAAGUCGGUCAUGUUUUAGGGUUGGAACAUUCUUCUGUGGAGGAAGCGAUUAUGUAUCCGAUUGUGUUACAAGAGAAGAAAAUAAAAUUAGUAAAUGAUGAUGAUUUGCAGAAGAUUAGUGAAAUAUAUAAGGUGAAGGUAAAUUAUGGUUCACCCUCUUCUCAAAGUAAUAAUGGAGGUGAUGUUGCAUGUUGUGGAUGGAGGGGUCACAUAAUUUAUGGUUUGGUUAGUGGAUUUAUUUAUGUGAUUUUAGGUAUUCUCUGAAAUGAAUAAGUCAACCAUGUCCAUGUGGAAUAUGCAUCAUGUUUUAUUUGUUUGUUUGUUUGUUGUUUAUUUUGACUUGUGUGAGUGUGACUAUGUUUAUAGGUGUGAUUUUAGUUUGGGGGAAAGAAAAUAUUGUACUAUAGUACUAAAGCAUAUUGAAGAAAUAAAUAGUACAUGUGAAAAUAUAUAUUGGAUUUGAAUAAUCUAAAUUAUGUAAAAUAUAUAGUGUGUGUAUAUUGUCGACAAAGAAUAUUGAUCAUAGACCUAUAAGAAAGAA